AUGAAUAACGAGUCAAAGUUCAGUGCGUUUGCUCAUAAGUUUAAAUAUCGGUCUCCUUUGUGGAUUGAAUCUGACUCUGACGUCAGUAAGUCUAGCAGUGACUCCCGUGAUAAUAAUGGUGGUCUGUGCAAUAGUGAUGAUAGCAUCGGUUGCCAUAGCAGCGACAGUUCGGGCAGCAUCAACAACUUUCUGGAUUCUAAGAUUCCUGAGCACCAUCAGAGCUCAGCAUCAGGGUUCAGCGAUGGAGACAACACAGCUGAUGAUCACACCGAAGUGCUGUCAGAUGAUGACAGAGCCAACGUACGAGUCAUAUGCGAUAACAAUAUUACGAUCGAGCAACUCAGCAAAUCAGGUGUCAUUACUAUGGGAGACAGUUGCGUCAUCAAAGACAGAAUGUUUACGAUUUAUGCACACAAAUCGUUAUCAAAUACAAUUAAAACAAAGAUCGAUGUCAUGAACAUAGAAAUUCCACCAAUAAAUAACUUAAUUAAUCUGUCGAUACCUUUCAUCGCUCCACUGAACGAGACAGACGAUAUCAUCAAACAACAGGAAGACAUAAAGGCGAUUGAGAAAACACUCAAAGAAAUGAAAUCCAAUCAGGAGCUGGAAGAUCAAGUGACAUUCCAUGACAUUCACCAUUAUGUCGCCAUCUACACCUUGGUUGGAGUCGUCGUGGUUUGCAUCAUUCUGUACGCAUGGCAACGCAUGCGAGCGUGCCAGCCGCGUCCUGCGCUUGCACCUCCGGCAGCUGAGCAAGUAGAGACAACAACGGAGCAGGCAGAAGCUAGCGUGAGCUAUGUAGCUCCCAUUGCCACAGCUGCGGGUCGCCCUACCAUCACCACAACCAGCAGAGGGUCUUCGCCAGCCGUCCGGACUCAAUUUAAUGAAAUAUCUUAA